UUUAUUUGACAGCAAGAACAAGUGUCAUUUGGUUUGAGAAGAAAAAAAUGAAGUAAUAGAAAUUUUUAUUUUUGUUUUGAAAAGUGAAUACACGCAAAAAAUUAAAAAUUAAUUAACACUAAUCAAUACAAUUAGUCUUUAUAGUAAAAAGUGACUCAAAAACAACUUACUACAAUGGGUAACAAGCAAAUCAAGCAACACUUGGAAACAGCCCAAAAAACUGGAAUCCUAAAAAUUUCAUUGCAACGUUUGCAAGAUUUCCCACCUCAACUAAAAACCUAUCCAAAUGUCCUAAAAACUCUCGACUUGUCAGAGAACCGUUUCGAACGAAUCCCAGAUGAUAUUGGAAGAUUUACACUCCUCAAACACAUUAAUCUGAGUGGAAACAAACUAUCCGAUUUACCUGAAAUCUUGGGCGAGUUACAAAAGCUUGAAGUUCUCUUGGUAAUGGACAAUUUCCUAACAAGAAUUCCCAAAACCCUAUCAAACUUAAAGAACUUAAAGCAAGUCAAUCUUAGCAAUAACCAAAUAGUCGAGUUUCCAAUUAUGCUUUGUGGUCUAAAGCAUCUGGACGUUUUGGACAUGUCACGAAAUAAAAUCACAACAGUUCCUGCCGAAGUGCGCAACUUGUAUGUGAUUGAGUUGAAUAUCAACCAAAAUCAAAUAUCAAGCCUUUCAGAAGAGAUUGCUGACGCCCCUAGAUUAAAAACAUUGCGAAUCGAAGAAAAUUGUCUGCAAGCAAGCGCCUUUACUCCACGAAUUCUCAAAGAGUCGAAAAUAAGCAAUUUGUGUGUAGAUGGAAAUCUAUUCAAUUCGAAACAAUUUACUGAUCUUGAUGGCUAUGAUACAUACAUGGAACGUUAUACUGCCGUUAAAAAGAAAAUGUUCUAAUGGAAGCAAUAGUGUGAUAUAAUGUCAUAUCAUCGAGUGCUGGCUGCUCGUCCGUGGGGAGAGCAUAGAUUUUAAGACGAAAAAAUAUUCCUUAGAUGUGGUAUAGAUAUUUAUUGAAUUAUUUUUCUCUAUGCUUUUGUGUUAUUCAGCAAAAGCAAAUUUACGCGCAAUAAAUGUUCUUUCUAUUUUAUGAAUGUA